GGAGCGGGAGGAAGAGGAGGGAGAGAGGAGGCAGGAAGAGGAGCCUCCACGUGCAUCCAUCGCUCUCUGUGUCCGCAGCUCUCGGCUCUGGGAGCAUCGCUCCCCCCAUCCCGCAGGAUUUCCCAUUCCCAAACCUUGGCUGGAUGGAGGCUGCGAGGUUACGAGGAAGAGGAAGAUGCCCCGGGACACCCAGGCAGACAAGGAGCUGAGGACGGAGCCCAGGGAGGACAAAUCCCCACAGCAGAACCUGGUGGAAGAGGUCGUUUUGAGCGGCUCCACGGCGCAGGAAUCCAACGGGGAGGAAAAACCACGGAGACCCCACAGGAGGAGGGGCUGCAAACGCAGCCCAGGGUGCUCUGAGGAGGAAAGACCAACCCUGUGCCAGGAAGGCGGCCAGAGAUCGAGCCGGAGCUCAGACCUGGUGGUCCAUGAGCGACUUCACACUGGAGAGAAGCCCUAUGAGUGUGGGGAAUGUGGGAAGAGCUUCAGCCAGAGCUUCCACCUGAUCAUUCACCAGAGGAUCCACACUGGGGAACGGCCCUAUGAGUGUAGGGAAUGUGGGAAAAGCUUCACAGACAACUCCAGCCUGAUCCGCCACCAGCGCAUCCACACGGGAGAGAGGCCCUACGAGUGUUCCGAGUGUGGGAAGAGGUUUCAGACCAGCUCCACUCUCCUCCUGCACCAGCGGAUUCACACAGAGGAGAGGCCCUUCCGCUGCCCCGACUGCAGGAAGGGCUUCAGGGACAACUCCCACCUCGUCAGGCACCGGCGCAUCCACACCGGGGAGAGACCCUACGAGUGUCCCCAGUGUGGGAAGAGCUUCUCCAGGAGCUCUCACUUGACCAGACACCAAUGGAGGCACCGUUAAGGGAAGCCCUGCGAGUGCCCCGAGUGCAGGAAGAGCUUCAUCCUCUACUCCAACUUCAUCCCCCAACAGAGGACCCACGUUUGGCAGAGCCCUGCUGACCCACAUUCCCUGUGAUCCAGUUUGGGAAGAGCCCUGGCUGGUGCUCUCCACGUCCUCCUGGAUCCUCGUAGGCACCUGGGUGAACGCAGGGGCUGGAACAUCCAUUGGGACUCUAAUUGAAAUCAGAAAUUCAUUGGGAAGAGCUGAUUUGUUGAGUUUACGGCCCAAAAAUUCUCACCUGCUCUGUCCAGUUGUUUCUUCUGGUGGCAUCCAGCAAUCCUGGAUGAUCUUGGAGGUCUUUUUCAACCUAAAUAGUUUCCUCCUUCAUCCUGUCAAAACAACCAAAAUUGGGGUAGAAAUAAAGGAAUUCAACAUUAGUA